CUCUCUCUACCGCUGGAACUCGCACUUGAAUGUAAAAAUGGCGGGCUAAAUUGAUAUCACCCAAAAUCUCUCCUCCUAUCUAGAGUUCAAAUGCAUAGCCAAACGGAGGAGUCUGUACGCAACAAGAUGGAGUCACUGCGGCUGAUCUCCGACGGAGAGAUUCCGAUGCAGCAGCAGAAGAUGGAUGCCUUCGCGGCUUCGUUUGAAACAUCGCUCGAUUCCGUCAACGCUCGAGCGAAAGAAAAUGCAGAAAAUCAAGCUAAAUUAGCAAAUAUGAAAGCGAAUCUGAGAGAAGCGGAGGAUAAGCUCGUCAAAGUUUUAGCAGUGAAGACUCGUAAAGAGGCCCAGCAGAUGGCAACAAGGGAAUCCAUAUCAGCUGCAAAAGCUAGAAUAGAAGAACUUAAAAGAACUGUCCAGAUCCAGACAGCUAGGAGGGAUGAACAUGCAGCAAUUAUAUCACAACAAUCUCUAGCAUUGGCAAUAUCUGAAGAGAAGGGAAAACAAGAUUUUGAGCACAGGGGGGAAAUUCAAGAAGCCAUUUCGUGGUACAAUUGUGUUCUUGGUUUUCACAUUGAAGGUGGACAAGGGGUGAAAUUCACAUUUAACAAUAUUAAUACUCAAAAUCCCAAGGAGGAGUAUUCCUUUUCCAUUCGUCAUGCAAAUGAUACAUAUACCUUGUUGGAUUGUGACCCACACGUAAAUGGCAUCAAGGAUUUGAUUCAUGAUUUGAAUAGAACAAACGGCCUAUUCAAAUUUGUCAUUAUCAUGAGGCAGAAGUUUCAAGAAGCUGCAGCACAUGGAUUGCUGCCUCAAUCCACAAGUCUUUGUCAGGAGUCCUCCACAAUUUCUCUGUCUGCUCCAGUUUUUUCAGUUUCAACAGAAACAAGUGAAUCUCCAGCCAUGAGAGAUGACCAUCAGGGUCAACUUGGAGAAGUGAAUAGACUUUGCAAGGAAGUUUACCCCAUAAGUGAAUCUCUAGAUAAAAUGAAUGAUAACCAAAUUAGUGAUGGGAAGGUUAAUUCACAUUACAAGAAAGUUAACCGUGGAAGAGGGACCAAAUCAUCAAUUUUAUCACCUGAAUCAGUAACUCCUCGUCGAUCCACUCGAUUGAAGGUAAGGAAAUGAAGAUUAUGGAGGAUGAGCAAUACUUCUAAUUUGGUACAGUGGUUCAUGUACCUUCACUUUCCUCGCUAAAUGUGAUAGAUAACUAGGUUGUGUGACAAUUGACGUCAGGUCUGGUGCCUGAUUUGCAAUAUGCAUAUGUUUUAUAGAAUUUAGAUUGAACUAGUCCAACAAGGCAAGUGGUGUCACUCACCGGAAAUGACAGCUUCGCCAGGUUUCUAGGUUUGUAUUUGUACUUCAUUGUUGAAAUGAAGUAUUGAUGGAUUGAAUGUAAUCUAAUUGUCACAAAAUUCUGCAAUGUCAAAUGUUGGUAUUUUCUUCAAUUUUGUUAAUCUACUGCAUGAUUGAUUGUUAAAU